UUCGUCGAACGACGAGUCGGAUUACUUGGUAUAAUAAGUUUGAGAAAAGCUCCUGCGAAGUGAACGACUAGAUUGUGGGCUUUGUUAAACGACGAGUCGUCGGAUUACGUGGUCAUAAGUUUGAGAAACGAAGCAAAAUCGAAGGAGAGAGACAAUGGUGGUGUGGUCGUAUCCGCCGACGCGGAAGCAGCUUGUUGUGACGGCGUGCUGUUUCGUCGCCGGGAUGGGACUGUUCGGCGUCGGAGCUCACCUGUCGCUGGCCAACGUGGGGCCACAGCAAGAACGGGUCAAGGCGCGCAGGGAGUUUGUCAAGGACCGCCUGAGAAAGCUUCUGGAUGAUGAUUGAACCCACUGGCUUGUUAGGUUUCAAUGCCGUAUUUCUCAACCAUAGUAUAGGCAUAGAAGUGCUUUGAAAAUUUGUUUCUGUAAAUGAAAUAUUGAUUUGCUUCGUUUCUGUUUAGUAAUAACGUGACCAUAUAUGGUUCGUUGAUAUAGUACUAUACAUGUUUAUUUGAAUUGGGUUUUGCCUCUGCAACUACAUAUUGUAGGCUUGGAGAUCACAUUAGGGUAGUAAUGUUCAUUGUGAAGUCUAGUUGCACAGGUUAUCAAACCCCCAAUUCGAAUCGAUUUGAGUGAA